GAAACGCGAAACAAGAAACAAAAAGGAAGCAGCUUCCUCACUCUUCUCUUCUCCUCUCUUAUCGCUGUUGACCGUGGUGGAUGCCUGAGGGCGACGUCGAUCCGACGGCGGUGGCGGAGGCGGAGACGGAGGGCGAGGAGGAGACGGAGGACGAGAGAUGAACGACCUCUCCGCUGCGGUGCUCGCCGACCGACAGCGGCACUUCGCCCCCGUCCCGGCCGCCGUUCCCCGUGUUCUCAUCCCUCUUUUCCUUGCCAGCAUCGGCGUUUCCAUAUUCAUCCUCGUCGUAGUCCACAACGCCGCCCUCCUCGUAUCAGUCCUCGUCGUGGCUGCACUCGUCUUGGGUUUAUUUGUUUGGAAUGCCAGCGCCCACCGAAGGAGUUUGGCAAUCCGCCUUUUCCUCGAACAGUUUCCGGAAACUGAUCUGGUAAAAGCCAACGACGGACAGCUCGUCAAGGUCACUGGGUUUGCAUCUUGUGGAGAUUUCUCUCUCGAAUCUUCAUAUGAAAAGGCUGGAAGAUGUGUUUACACAUCAACCCUCUUGUAUGAAUAUCAUGGAUGCCAGUUAAAACAAGGUCAUCUUAACUGCCGAUGCUUCCAGUGGAAUUUAGCUUACGUUGAGAGAUUGACAGCAGAUUUUUACAUAACAGAUGCCAAAUCUGGGAUAAGAGCUUUGGUCAAGGCUGGCCACGAUUCCAGAGUAAUCCCCCUGAUUCACGAAAACACACUCGUGAACAUAACAGCACCAAAUAGAGAUCUCUCUUCUACUAUGAAGAAAUGGCUACAAGGAAGAAGAUUAUCGUGUGAAGCCCGUCCGAUGCGUCUGGAAGAAGGGUACAUAAGGGAGGGAACUUGCUUGACUGUGAUGGGGAUGCUGAACAAAAAGAAUGAUGUGCUUAUACUUGUUCCACUACCUGAAACUAUUUCCACAAAUUGCCUACUGCAAAAAUUUCUGCUUCCCGUCGAUCUUGAUGGUCUACUCUUGAAAGUCACUCACACGUCCACGAGCAACAUCAUCAGCCUCUUAUGAAGAAGCAAGCAUUUAUAGUAAUAUGUUUAACUAAUACUUGUAGUCAUUAUGUCUUGUAUUUGUGAGUGAAUGGUAGGCUAAUGAAGGGAUUUAAUAUAACCUUCGUGUUUAUCAUGUCUAGAUAUUAAAGGGUGAAAUGAUGAUAUAUUGCGAACUUACCAAA